UAGUCAUUGGGAAUUAUUAGGAAUUAUUGAAGUCAAAACAAUAUCAGUAUGCAAAAGAACUUCUAAAGUAUACAAAAGUCCUCAUUAUUAUGUCACCAUUUGACUUAACACUGACCUCCAGAUGUCAGUGAAAAUCAACCAGUAGCCAUUGUGUGUGUGUGUGUGUGUGUGUGUGUGUGUGCAGUCUCAGUAGACGUAAAACCAGCCGUAGUGUGUACAGUAGCCUGCCAUGGAAACACCAAUCUGGAGCUCCAUUCAGGGGCAUGAUUGGUGAAGACAACGGGAGAGAGGCGGAGCAUGAGGGAAAAGCAUAACUAGUUGAAGAAAACUUUCUGGAUCAGUUGGCACUUAGUUGUGUUUGUUUAUUGGUGUCCUAUUAUGUUUACAUCAUAACCUGUGAAUGACUUCAGUGUCCCCCUGUCUGUUUGCACGGUGUGUCGACAAUCUGUGGUAGCUGUCAAUCUGUAGCGGGGACUGCUGACAGGGAGUUCAGCCACACCUUGAGAUCACGCAGCCCCAGUAGGUGUUUGCAUCACAUCGGAGAUGUUGCCACUACACAGGCAGGGCUGGAAGUGGCCUUCACACCCGUCGCAUCUCUUGACUUUGUGUCUUAUGUUGAUUGGAAGUAUGACAGUAAGGAGUUACGAGGACGAGAAGUGUUAUUGUGUCUCCGAGGAAAACGAAACCAUCAGGCAGGCCAUCGCUGACUUCACGGAUACACCGUCUGUGUCCAAAUAUGAGUACAUCGGUGCCAGAUAUAACAGUACUGCCGAUGGCUUCGAUCCCUGCGUGUGUGAUGAUGUGGUGUGCGUGCUGUCAGAGCUGACGGUGACAGAGCAGUACGUCCUGGAACUGGCAACGAAGAAUGAGACGGAGUUGAAUGACAAUGUCACCAAAGCGCUGGAUGCCACUGCGAAGGCUGCCUUCAAGAGCAAUGUGGCCCUAACGCAUAUCUACCUCAGCUCCUUUGCUACCUACAAGGAAACCAACGACUCUAAAGUAAUAUUCAACGUAGAAUUUAUCGUCAAAGGCACCGAUACAAUCAUCAAGGAUAAGGCAAGCCAGUAGAUAAGCACUGGACUUCUUCCAUUAUCUGCGUAUAUUGUGUGAUGCAU